AUGGGUGCUCACGAAGAUCCAUCUAGCUCAACGCCCUCCGAAUACACACCUCGAGCAUGUCUGACCCUCCUAGGUUCUUUCUGCGGCAUGUUCUGCACUGUCGGCUUCAUGAACUCUUUUGGCGUCUUCCUCGAGUACUACAAAACAGCACAGCUCUCCGACCAGUCCGAAUCCACCAUCGCAUGGAUAGCAGCGAUUGUGAUCUUCUUCAUCUUCGGCGUGUCUGUCAUUUCCGGGCCUCUCCUUGACACCUUUGGUCCAAAGCUCCUCCUCUGUAUAGGCUCCCUCGGAACCGUCUUCGCCAUCAUGAUGACCUCCCUCUGCAAAGAAUUCUACCAAUUCAUCCUCGCCCAAGGCAUCCUCCUCGGAAUCUCCUUAUCCCUCCUCACCUGCCCCAUGAUAGCCCUAGUUGGCCAACACAUCAAGAUCAAACGCGGCGCCGCAAUCGGCAUCGUCGUCGCCGGUUCGUCCCUUGGAGGCGUCGUCUGGCCCAUCGUCGUCAACGAGCUCCUCCAAAAGCCCUCCAUCGGCUUCGGAUGGACUAUGCGAAUCGUCGGCUUUAUCAUGCUCCCUCUUCUCAUUAUCACCUGUCUAUGUUGCCUGCCACCACCAUCACCACCAUCAAUAAUACCCCCAAACACUCUCCCUCAAACCCCCGAAUCCACCUCCACAACAACCACAACCACAACAACCACUAUAAAAGAACCCUCCCUCCUCCGCUCCCCACCCCUCCAACUAACCUGCCUCGCCUUCUUCUUCAUCUACUUCGGUAUGUUCUCCCCCUUCUUCUACACCACCUCCUACGCCAUCUCCCACGGUUUCUCCUCCAAUCUCUCCUUCUACACCGUUUCCAUCAUCAACGGCGCAUCCCUCUUCGGACGUAUCUUCGCCGGCGUCAUCGCAGAUAAAUACGGUCGUUUCAACUGCUGUGUUAUAUUCACGCUUCUGUCGGGCAUUAUUGCCCUCUGCUGGACGAAGGCUACGACUGUUGGAGGCCUCGUGGUGUAUUCAGCUGCUUAUGGGUUUACUUCUGGGGCAAUCCUCUCCCUCCAACAAGCCUGCGCUUUCCAACUCGCAACCCCAAGGACGGUUGGGUUGGCGGUGGGAGUGGUUAUGGCUUCGACGGCGCUCUCUGCCAUGGCCGGAAUCCCAAUUAGUGGUGAACUCAGCCAGAAGUACGGGUAUCUGGCGCUGUCGAUUUAUGCGGGGGUGAGGUGGAAGUAG